CACUCGUAUAAAAAGUGGAGGCCCAACACAAAAACACGUCAACUUGUGCUCGUCCAGCCAUGAAGACGAUCUUGGUGUCCACCAUGAUGAUGGUGGGGUUGGUGGUGAUGAUGAUGAUGAUGAUGAUGUGCGUUUCAGCUCCUCCAUCUUGCGGUCUGCUUGGACAGCCUGGAUGUCCUGUGAAGGUUAAUAAGACAUUUGCUGACUCAGCACGCAUUUUCACGUCAAAGUUUCCAUCCCGCGAGACGUCAAAGAUUAAGACCGAGAUGUCAAAGUUUGUGACCAACGAGACGUCAAAGUACCCAUCCAUUGAGACGUCAAAAUUUACAUUAAAUGAGACGUCAAAGAUUACGACCAAAAUGUCAGACAGUACGAAACAGACAUCAAAGUUUGUAUCCAACGAGACGUCAAAGUUUCCGUCCAAAGAGACACCAACGUUUCAGACCAAUAGGACGCCAAGGUUUCCAUCAAAUGAGACAUCAAAGUUUACGCCAACGUUUCCGUCCAAGUUUGUGACGAAGUCUUCAACGUUUCCAACCAAAGAGAUGUUAAAGUCCAACGAGACUUCAAAGAUUACGUCUGACGAGACAUCAAAAUUUACAACCAACAAGAUGUCGAAGUUAAUGUCCAACCAGACUUCAAAGUUUAUGUCCAACAAGAUGUCAAAGUUUCCGACGAAUGAGACGUCAAAGUUUCAGUCAAGCGAGAUGUCUAAGUUUCCGUCCAACGAGACAUCAAAGUUUACAACCAACGAGACAUCAAAGUUUACAACCAACGAGACAUUAAAGUUUUCAACCAACGAGACAUCAAAGUUUACAACCAACGAGACAUUCAAGUUUUCAACCAACAAGACAUCAAAGUUAACAACCAACGAGACAACAGAGAUACAGUCCAACGGGACAACAGAGAUACAGUCCAACGGGUCGCCCCCGAACAUUUUUAGGAUAAAUCAUGGAUCGCCAAGCAGGAUAUUGCCGCCCAGCAACUGUCCACUGCCCACUUGCGCCACCUCAAACCUCGGGUCCUCCCUACAACACGGGGACGAGACGGCGGGCAAAUCCACGGGUGACCCGGAAGGCUUCGGAAAGAAACGAUAACGAGCUUGCUCAUCCUCCUCAUUUAAGACCCCCCCCCUCGUUAUAAAACAAAAAAAACUCAUGUGUUGUCAUGACAACGCUGUUUAUGUCGUCUUCAGGAGUGCCUUCAUUACUGGCAUGAUGUUUAUGUGUGCGUGUGUG